AUGGGCAAAGUACUGUUUGUGACGGCUCUGGCCCUGCUGCUGCAUGCGCAGCUUGGCUCAUCCUUCAUACUGUCAUGCUACUUCACAAACUGGGCUCAGUACAGACCACCCCCAACCAUUUACAUGCCCAAUGAUAUCGACCCAUGCCUGUGUACCCAUCUUCUGUAUGCCUUCGCCACCAUAAAGAACAACCAACUGGCCACCUACGAGUGGAAUGAUGUGGAGCUUUACAGUCAGUUCAACGGCCUGAAAAACCAGAAUGGAAACCUGAAGACUCUUCUUUCUGUCGGAGGAUGGAACUAUGGCUCCACAGGUUUCUCGCAGAUGGUGUCGAGCCCUGCCAACCGUCAGACCUUCAUCACCUCAGUCAUUACAUUCCUGAGAAAGUAUGAGUUUGAUGGACUUGACAUUGACUGGGAGUAUCCAGCCAACAGAGGAGGCUCUGCUGAUGAUAAGGAGAACUACUCAGUUUUCCUGGAGGAGAUGAGAGCUGCCUUUGAGAAUGAGGCCAAGCAGAGCAACAGGGCUCGUCUUCUGAUGUCUGCUGCUGUGUCGGCUGGAAAGGACACCAUUGAAUCUGCUUAUCAGAUUCCCAAGCUUGGCCAGUCGCUCGAUAUGAUCAACGUCAUGUCAUAUGACUUCCAUGGCUCUUGGGACCCCAUGACUGGUGAGUGCAGCCCCCUGUUCAGAGGCCCAAGUGACCAAGGUGGCUUCAUCUAUUUCAAUGUGGACUAUGCCAUGAACUACUGGAAGAGCCAGGGAGCCCCAGCUGAGAAGCUGAUUGUUGGUUUUCCUACAUAUGGCAACACAUUCACUCUUAAGAACGCUGCUAACCACGGCGUUGGUGCACCUAUUUCUGGUCCUGGAAGUCCUGGAAAGUACACACAAGAGGCCGGAGAACUUGCCUACUUUGAGAUCUGUGGCUUUUUGAAAGAUGGAGCAACAGUGGUUUGGAACCAGGCCCAGGAUGUGCCAUAUGCUUACAAGGGAAACCAGUGGGUGGGAUAUGACAACAUCAAGAGCUUCCAGCUCAAGGCUGAGUGGGUGACCAAGAAUAACUUUGGAGGUGCCAUGGUGUGGACCAUUGACAUGGAUGACUACUUGGGCACUUUCUGUAACCAGGGAAAAUAUCCACUGAUUAAUGUUCUUAAAAAGGCCCUUAAUCUGGAACAAGCAUCCUGUGCCCCUCCUGCCACUAAACUUCCACCAAUCGCAGGAGUGAGCACGACUUCUGGUAGCAGCUCUGGAGGAAGCUCCAGCGGAGGCUCCAGUGGUGGCAGCUCCUCCAGUGGGGGAUCUGGCACCAGUGGCAUGAACGGCAGCUUCUGCGCUGGAAAGGCCAACGGCAUGUACGCCAACCCAACAAACAAGAACCAAUUCUACAACUGCAGCGCCGGAAAGACCUACCUUGAGCACUGUGCCACUGGUCUGGUCUUUGACAACUCCUGUUCUUGUUGCAACUGGGCCUAA